CUCAUUGGCUGGGGCUCACACCCGUUAGGCCAGGGUACCUCACAAGUAAGCUCCAGGGACCUUCCUGUCUCUGCCUCAGAUUGUAAAUGCACAUCCCUUGUCCAUAGUGUGGAUUGAACUCAUGCCGCAAGCACUUUGCUGACAAGCCACCCACAGCUCAGUCACGCACUAACCACUAACUGGAGCCAAGCCCUCUUUUAAGGCUAGGAACAGAAAAGUCCUCUUGGCAAAAACAGCACUUAGUAGGUGAUAGCCUAAAAUCCAGGAUUCCCAAGGUCGAUGGGAACAAGGGACUGUGGGUGAGAAGCUGCUCUUAAUUUUCCUCCUAAAAAUCAAAUCUCCCAGCAGCUGAGGCAGGGGCAAUCAUGAGUUUGAAGCCACCCUGGGCCAGAUACUUCGACUUUGUCAUAAAUAAGUAAGUAAGUAAGUAAUCACAUGAGCUCUGGGGAGUAAGUUCGUAAAGCUUUGUGUAUCCACACCUGACUUGCUUUGCUGGGGGCUCAGAUGAGCAUUUAGGUGGUUUUUUGGAUUGUUGUGUUUUACUUUUUAAUUUAUGUUUAUGUGUAUAGUUAUUUUGUCUGCAUGUCUUUUUUCUUAUUUUUUUUUACAUUUAAACUUUUUUUUUUCUUUCCUUUUUUUCGGAGCUGGGGACCGAACCCAGGGGCAUUCGCUUGCUAGGCAAGCGCUCUACCAGUGAGCUAAAUCCCCAACCCCUUACUCUGUUUUUUAUGUAUGAGUAUUUUGUAUAUCCACAUGCCUGGUGCCCAUAGAGGUGCUGAGCUUCCUUCCUUGUGGGCGCUGGGAAUUAAACCUUGGCCCUUUACAAGAACAAGUGCUUUAAAAAAAAAAAUACUGUCUGUCUGUCUGUCUGUCUAUCUAUCUAUCUAUCUAUCUAUCUAUCUAUCUAUCUAUCUAUCUCUAUAAUUUUUCUUUAAAGAACAAGUGUUCUUAACCACUGAGCUAACUCUCCAGCCCUGUGUGUGUCUUUGUACACAUGAGGCUCUGUUGCUAGGAGAGGGCAUUGGAUCUCCUAGAACUGGAGCUAUGGACUGAUAUGAGUCAACAUGUGGGUGCUAGGAACCAAGCCUAGGUCCCCUGGGAAAGCAGCGUGUGCCUGCAACUGCUGAGCCAUUUCUUUAGCCCCCCCAAAAUUAAUGUCAGGCCUGGAGAGAUGGCUCAGUGGUUAAGAGCACUGGCUGCUCCUCCAGAGGUCCUGAGUUCAAUCGCCAGCAACCACAUGGUGGCUCACAGCCAUCUGUAAUGAGAUCUGAUGCCCUCUUCUGGUGUGUCUGAAGACAGGGACAGUGUGCUCAUAUGCAUAUAUACAUAUACACGAAUGUCAGGGCUGGUGAGAUGGCUCAACAGUUAACAACACUGGCUCCUCCCAAGGUUCCGAAUUCAAUUUCUAGAAACCACACAUAGUGGCUGGCAACCAUCUUUAAAGGGAUCUGAUGCCCUCUUCUGACAUGCAGGUGUACAUGCAGACAGCACUCAUACAUUAAAAAAAAAAAAAGCUUGGGCUGGAGAGAUGGCUCAGCGGUUAAGAGCACCCGACUGCUCUUCCAGAGAUCAUGAGUUCAAUUCCCAGCAACCACAUGGUGGCUCACAACCAUCUGUAAAGAGAUCUGAUGCCCUCUUCUGGUGUAUCUGAAGACAGCUACAGUGUACUGAUAUGUAAUAAAUAAAUAAAUCUUUAAAAAAAAAAAGUAAAUAAAAUUGAAAAAGAUACUAAUGACUCCCACCCCCAAGAUAGGGUAUCACUAUCUCCCAAGUACUGGGAUUAUAUAGGUUUAUGUCACUACACAAGGUUUUUGUUGUUUUUUUGUUUGUUUGUUUGUUUGUUUGUUUCUUUUUUUUUCCCACAUGGGGUUUCUCUGUGUAGUCCUGGCUGUCCUAGAACUUACUCUGUAGACCAGGCUGGCCUCAGAUGGGCCUCCUGAGCGAUGUAUUUAAAACUGUGCACCACCACCACCCAGCAACCCUUAGUUUGUUGCCUCUUGUCAAUAAAUUUAUGGUAUGCCAGUUGUUAAUUUUUAUAACUGUUUCAGUUUUUAAAUCACUGCAGUAAUAAGGGGGAAUUAUUUUGAGAGUGCCAGUUUUCCAGCUGGCUUUGGUGGUACCUGCCUUGAGUUAGCGUUUGGUGGGCAGAGGCAGGCUGAUAUCUGAAUUUGAGGCUAGCCUGGUCUAUAGAGGCAGGGCUACAGAGAAACUCUGGCGAGAGAGACAAGACAGACAGUAAGCAGAGGGAGCCCUGAAUAAGUAGAGUCCAGCCUGAAUGUGUAUUUUGAUGUGGGCACAGGAGUCCAAGACCAAUUGGCCCAUGGGAAACCUGUCUACGUAACACCUAUAUGAACCAGGCUCAAGAGCAAUGGCAAAGCUUUUCCCCAGAGUUCCAGAAUGAUUGUUUACGGAUAAUUAAUCAGUGUGCAAAGACUAGCAAAUCUGGCUUCCUCUCCUGAAGUUUUUUUUUUUUUCUUUUUUUCUUUUUUUUUUGGUUCUUUUUUUCGGAGCUGGGGACCGAACCGAGGGCCUUGCGCUUCCUAGGUAAGCGCUCUACCACUGAGCUAAAUCCCCAGCCCCCUCUCCUGAAGUUUUAAAGCCAGGAUUGCUCACCCACAAUUCCUCCUACCAGGAUUAGCUGUGCUGUAAAUCAGCUGAGGUCCCAGGUUGUAGCCAGAGCAUUAGAGAACCUCACCUGAUCCCAGUUUCACGGUGUGUAUGUCCUUUCUUCAUUCCCUCACAUAGCCACCAUUCCAGGACCCAAGCUGCUAGGGAUGUUAGCAGCAAAAAAAAAAAAAAAUAAAAUAAAAUAAAAUAAAAAUAAAAAAUAAAGAAAAGGGGGUUGGGGAUUUAGCUCAGCAGUAGAGCGCUUGCCUAGCAAGCGCAAGGCCCUGGGUUUGAUCCCCAGCUCUGAAAAGAAGAAAAUAAAAAAAUAAAUAAAUAAAAUAAAGGGUUGGAAAGAUGGCUCAGAGGUUAAGCACUGGUUGAUCCUACAGAGGGCCAAGUCUAAUUUAAGCACCCAUAUGGUGGCUUACAAUUGUAAUUCCAGCCUCAGGAUUUCUGAGCCUCUUUUCUGGUCACCAUGAGCACUAAGCACUAUGGGCACUGUGGUACAGAAUUAUAUGCAGUCAAAACACUCAUACCCAUAAAAAGUAUAUAAAACUUUAAAGAUGAGAUCCCUCUCAAUGGCUUAGUGGGUUCAGGUACUUGCCUAGUCUGAGAACCUAGUUCCAUCUCUGUGACCCACAAGGUGGAAAGUGAGAGUGGACCCCUCGAAGCUGUCUUCUGGUUUCCACACCCAGAGUGGAUGGCACAUGUGCUUGCACAAAAUAGGUCAAGUGUAAAACAAAAUAAAACCAUCACAGAACAGGAAUUCAGUUCUCAGCACCCAUGUCAGGAGGCUUAUAACGAAGGGAUCUGAUGCCCUCUCCUGGCCUUCACUGGCAGAUGCCCCAAAGUAGUUUAAAUUAUAUGCAACAUGUAAAUAAAAGAAAAUAUAAACAUUAAAAAAAAAAUGAAGGUUGUCAGUAGUCUCAGUGGUGCCUGCCUUCAAUUCCAAGGCAGAGGCAGGCCGAUCUCAGUUUAAAGAGUCCUAGACCAGGACAUAGUGGGACCCUGUUCCGAAAGAAUUUGAGCCGUGCAGUAGUGGCACAUACCAUUAAUCUUAGCAUUCUAGAUGCAGAGGCAGGAGGAUCUCUGCGAGCCUGAUCUACAAAGCUAGUUCCAGGAGAGCCAGAGAUACACAGAGAAACGAUGUCUUGGAAAAGACAAUCCACCCACCCCAAUUGUAGAUUGAAGGGGUGGAACACUGAUGUAUAGUGCAUUCCUCAAACGCUGAAUUCUGAGGGCCACAGGUGACCCCGAGUCCGGCACAUACGCGCUAUGAGCUCAGACGCCCACCCGUCUAAACAACACAAAUAAGUUUGCCACUGCAGACCCCAAUAGGCAACUCCAGCAUAGCCCAAACCACAGGGCCUGUUCCAAGGGCCUACAAGUUCGCCGCCUUUUGGGGGCGGGGCCAGAGCGCGGUUCAUUCAGCACGUGCUCGGGGCGUGGCGUGCGCAGAGGGCGGGAACGCGGAGGCGGGAAAGACGGAAUGGAGCGCCAAGGAGUGGCCGUGCCUCCCGUGGAGUUAAAGGACCAGGAACCGCCAGCGAUUGUGGAGAGCGGAGAGCAUCAGCAGAAUGAGAACCACGAGGAGACACCUAGCUCAGUGGCGCCGAGUGCCAGCUGCCAACUACCAGGACCCUUCUCCUCUCUGGACUCUAGCAUUGAAACCCUGAAGAAGAAAGCCCAGGAACUGAUUGAAAACAUCAAUGAAAGCAGGCAGAAAGACCAUGCACUUAUGACCAACUUCAGGGACAGCCUCAAGAUGAAGGUCUCAGAUCUGACAGAAAAGUUGGAGGAAAGGAUGUACCAGGUAUACAGCCACCACAGCAAAAUCAUUCAGGAAAGACUACAAGAAUUUACCCAGAAGAUGGCAAAGAUCAGUCAUCUGGAAAUGGAGCUCAAACAAGUUUGCCAAACUGUGGAAACUAUGUACAAGGACCUAUGUGUCCAGUCUGAGGUUCCCACUUCCGAAGAACAGAAUUACAAGGAUGGUGAAUGCUGACUCCUGCUAAGAGGCUUCCAUCUUAAUGCCUUGUCACCAAGAGAAGGCACAGAGGCUGUUUAAGCCAUGCUGAUAUGUCUUACAGUUCUGUAACCCAACACAAAGCCACCAAUUAUGUGUGUGCUAAUUACCAAAGUGUGAUAAGGUUAGACCCUGCCAUAGGCCUAGCCUUAGCAAAUUCUCCCAACCCACGUCUAUAGUUGAUUAAAUGUUUUGAUUUCA